AUGUCUUCGCACGCGCCCGCGGAUGUCGUCUUUGUGACCAAGCGCGCCUGCCGCGGCUGCCAAAAGGCGAAGGCCGCGUGCAGCCCGCACCAGCGGCCGUGCGCGCGGUGCGUCAAGCUAAACAUUGUGUGUGAGAGCGACCUGCCUCCCGUCAAGACGGCGUGCACCGAGUGCCGGCGCGCAAAGGUCAAGUGCCUCUUCGGCGGCGCCGUGCAGGACUCCUCCUCCUCCUCCUCAGGCGCCAGGGAGUCGUCCGCACCGCACCCCACCCGACAAUUCUUCCGUCACGACCCGCCACUGCAACCGUUUAGCCGCGACUCGCGGCGCUGCGAUCGCUGCGUCCGCCUCAACCUCGCCUGCUCGCCGCACGUGCCCGGGAAGCGCAAGCGGAACGAGCGAGGGUCGACGCCGCCAGAGAGGCCUCGCGCCGCCCUCAAGGCCAGCGCGUCGCCGGCUGGCGUGCUGCCAGGCUUGCACGAGCCGCAUGUGUUCGGGCGCUUCAAGGCCGCCGGCAAAGGCUCCAGCGCCGCCGAGCAGCGCGCCGCCGCGGUGGCCUAUGCCGCGCCGCGGAGGCAUGCCACCCGCUGGAACUCGAUCAACAUGCUCGACAAGCUCAAACUCGAGCUCGUGCCGGCCGCCGGUGACAAGCUCGUGCUCAAGCUCUCUCCUCCGCCGCCGCCGCUUGCUGACAAGAAGGCGUGUGCUUGCGCGCACGUGACAAUGCGCUCCCACCUGCAAGACAUAUCCUCUCUGGCCUUCUGGCUGACACAGGCGUCGCUGGCGGGCAACACGACCGCCGCCACCGAGGAGGCCGCCAAGUCCGCCGCCGCCGAGGUGUCCGCCGCCGCGGAGGCAGUCGCCGAGGAGGCGCCCGUCGCCAAGGAGGUCGUCGCCGAGGAGGCUGCCAAGGAGGUCGCGAAGCCGGCCAAGACCGCUUCCAACACGACCGACCCAACCGACACCACCUGCUACCCGGGCCUGCCCACGCCGAUGGCGGCGGGGAAGAGCGGGCCCGCGUCGGCCCACAGCGGCUCCGGACCGGGCUACGUGGACGGCGUCGAGGCCGAGGUCCGCCGGCUGGGCGAGAGCGUCGUCUACCAGGCUACGCCCGCCGACGGCAAGAAGUCGCCGUCGCCGGGAGUCCCCACCUCCGGCGGCAUUGCGCCCGUGGCGCCCAAGCCCCUGGGAGCGAUCAAGUCUGUCACCAAAGUCGCCCCCGCUUUCAAGCCGGUGGCGACCGGCGGCGCGCCGCUCUCGUCGAUCAAGAAGUUUCCGGAGGAGAACCCCGCACCGGCAGCGAGCGCCUGGCAUUCUGGCCACCCCGACGGGAUCGUCUCGGCCAAGGAGUUUCCAAAGGAGAAGCCCGCCCCGGCGGCGAGCGCCGCAGGCGAGCCCGACUGGUACGUCUCGAACUCGCGCAACAAGACGGAGCGCAAGGGCGAGGUCAAGUCCACGAAAGUCUCCAACAAGUACGAUCUGCUCUACGACGGCGAGACCAACGUCGCGGCGGAGGUCGACGAGGACGAGGAUGAGAAGAAGGGAAAGGAGAAGGGCGCGGAGUCGCGGGGCAAGGAGUCCUCAUUCGAGUCUGUCUCGCCCGAGUCUGUCGGUGGCAAUGGCAAGGCGCCCCGCGGCUCCACGCCGUCGACCACAGACUCGGGCGCGACAGUCGAGACGUCUACGACCGCCGCGCGCUUCGGCUUCGGCUUUGGCUUCGGUAAGUUCUGCUCGUCAAAGCUGCUGUGCCUCGUCUUCUCAAUCGCGGUGCUCGGUCUGGUCUGCUCGGCCUUUGCUCUCUCAUCGAAAGGCCCCGGCGACUCUGUGUUUGUGCCCGACGCGGCCGCGAUCCCGGUCGUUGACUUCUCCAACACCACGCCAGCAUCCCACGGCUUUGGCGCUGUCGCAAACCCCAACGUGCUGCCCGCCAUCGAUGCGGUGCCAGUGCGUGACCCCGCGCAGGACGCGCCGCGCUCAGAGUCGCAUUACAGCACGGCUGCAUGCACGGCUGCCAACCGAUCCCACAUCGAUGCCGCCGCCGUCGCCAUCGCGGGCAAGGACGCCGCCGUGAGCCUCUCGCCCCACGAUGUCACUUGUGGCAAUGGUGCCAAGGAUGGGCCGGCCGUUUCUCAGUUCGCCCUCACGGGAUUCAGAAUCCUACGCCAGUCCGACAACAGUCUCCAACUCCAGUACGAGUACUGCUGCAGGGCAGUUCCUCUCAUGACGAGAAUCUCGACUAGCACGGUCACGGCCAGCAGUCAGGUUGGCCCAGCAGGACAUGAUCUCUGCGCAGAUGCCACCUGCCAAAUUGGAGAGUUUACGGUGGUGGAUCUCGACGACAUUUCCAACAUCACAGCUUCGUGCUUGCCGUUCUCUUCGGGGAGCGAAUCGCUCUAUUAUCAGGGAUACGAAAUUAACACCCACGGCAGCUAUGGUAUGUUCGAAACCACGUCGCCGGAGUAUCCCGCGGUGAGCAUCCCGCUCCUCCAAGGCUUCAAACUGAGCCGCGUGAACUCGGACGUUGAGUACCGUUCUACUUGCGGGGCGGCCGCUUUCGCAAGCAGUGAGUUGGCGACGCCAUUUCAGUGCCUUGACUACUACACGGCAUGGAGCGAAUGGAGCGACCAGCCAAUUAACCUCGACCGGCAUGACGUCAAAUGCCCCCUGCGGGGCUCGGCUCCAUCCUACCUCGUUGCUUUUGGGCUGCAGACUGCUGUGAACAGAUUCUACAAAUCUAACGAUGAAGACAAAACCCAAAAAAGCUGUGUUAAUACAAAGGGUUGCAAGCAGGUUACAGUUGGAACCAUGAGGUACAAAUACACGUGCUGCUCGCAGGUUCUUGGUCUCGUGCUUGACCUCCCGAAUGGAUCGUCAACGGUGCAGCAGCAGUCAACUUGGAAGUUUGUCGGCUCCUUCAACAGCUACACGCACACAGACAACAUGGAAGCUACGGAGGACUCUACACUGAUGACCUCCAGGGCCACAACUACCCAGGAUACCUUCGAGACGUCCGCAACCCUCAAGUUUCUUACUGAGUCAAGCGUUACGCCGAGCUACAAGUCGACGAACACGCUCACCAGCUUCAACUCGCAGACCAAGACGCAGUCCAAUUCCAUCAGCCAGUCUCUGAGCACGAUGAUGACGUGGGCUCCUGGCCGCAUCAGCCGAGGCCUGCCUCGGCCGGAACCAAUCUGGCAAUGGGUGACGACCUACUCAGCCGGCGCGGUUGGAACCGGCAUACCAAUCUACGUCCAGUCGCGUUCCCGCCCGUGCUGCCUGCCUGGGGAGGCAAAAAAUCCGAUCAACCAGAGCGGCGAGUGUACCGGCGGCAUCAAUCUUUGUGAGCUCGACACGGCGGCAGUGACGGUCAGCACCGAAUGGAGCACAAAUGGGGUUCGCCCCACGUGUCAGGAUGAACGCACCUUCACGACGUGGCCGACGAGAGACAACAACCAACAGCUGGUCUGGCACCACGUGGGACAGCAAUGCGCCGGGAAAAUGCCUCUCACGCAAUGGCACGCAAAGCGCAUCGACUCGGAAGGCGUUGCUGCACAACAGACGUAUUUCGAGUACACGUGUUGCGCUGACUUUGCCCCGGCGAUCGACCUCGAUAACUGCGUCACAACGGAGACAGCUUCGACUUCUGCGGGUGCAUCCGACUACGACUCCUCUGAUGUCCAGGAUGCCGCUGGGAAUGUACAAAAGUUGGGAGACCUCAAGGUCUCGUGCCCAAAUGACGACGUGCUGACAGACUUCCAAUUGCAAGGCGAAGGGGAAAAAACAAGUCUGAGGUGGAAAUACAAGUACCAAUGCUGCCCACUCAAGGACACUGCUGCGAAAGGCCAGUAUCGAUGCGACCAAAUCGAACCAGAUGAGGGCGAGGCGUCCACGUAUUCGCCAACAGUUCCUCCUGCUGGGCGGUCAGUUUCCGACGUCGGAACAUGGCGCUCACUUGCGGAGCCUGCAGGGGAAGUGAACUGCGGCGAUGCUGCGAUGAACGACCUCGGUGACGACUACACGUACUCCUACUCUUGCUGCAAGGUGCGAUAUGACGCGGCCCCCACAUCCAAGUGGGUCCAGCUACCCGAAUACACGUCCUCGUUUACGCCUUCCACCGACUGGCUCGAGCUCGCAAGCGGGGAGGAUUGCACGGCACAGUGCCUUGAAAAGGGCUACAGCUACACGAUCGUGAAUGCACCCACGGUUGCGACGGCAACGUGCUGGUGUGGCAACUCGAUCGCAAUGCUACCCAAGCCAUCAUCAGGCAUGCUGACUGGUAUGCUCGGUGAUCCUCCAAUUAUGUACGGUGACGAAGUAAAGAUCCUCACGUACCCGGACGUGACGUGCCCAUCAGGAUACACUGACGUCGAAGACGCCAGUGAGUGCCAGGCAUUGGCCAGCACUGCAUUUGGGGGGGGGGUCAGUACGGGGGAGUACCAGGAGGCCCUGGACAAUGACGAAAACUGGAUCGGAGCGACGACGGGCAACCUCGGCGGCCACAAGAUCUGCAAGCUAGACGAUCGAUGCGAGUGCUACUUGUGCACAACAGAACUCGAUCCGACGGAUGGCCAUUUCGUUAGCUAUCCAAAAUGCUACUCUCCCGAAUGCACCAGCACCAGCAGGGAUGGGACGGAGUGCAGCAAGGAUGGGACCUGCUCAACUACCGAAGGACUACGGGAGGAAUUUACCGGAGAUGGCAACGCGGACUGGCAGAUCACGCUCGAGACGGGCACUUCAACCAGCGACAAGAGCGUCACAAAAGAGCAGAUGACCUCGAAGGUCGAGCGCUCACUGAAGCAAGAAGUGGAGCUUUCCGGACUCGGCAAGCUUUCCCCGGAGGUGGCAGGCUACUCUCGAUUUGAGGCAACGUGUUUGGAUGUCGGCCUUGUUCGGGUUGAGUCCGCGCGCACCUUCCCAUCUUGUGAGGCUGCGUGCACAUCGCAAUCGGACUGCGCAGGAUUCCAGUUUGGCGCGCCUGACUCGUCUAAAGACAUUGAACCUGUCUGCUGGGCCCUCUCUGCAGAUGAGGACGGCCAGUGCCCUGGCAUCUGCCGGAACCUCACAGUGCGAUCGGGCACCGGCUGCGUCAAGGGCAGCUGCGAGUUUGCAUCCGACGAUGACCGCCGCAUGGCCGCGCCUAGCUGGGGCGUUUUGAUGAUCAAGCAAAGCGGCUCGUGCGCCUCCGACAUUACCGCGGAGUCAGUUGUUUACCGCGCAGACGGCUAUCCGAAAGACUGA